ACAAACUAUAAUGAUAAAUUAAUGAAUCUAUACGUUGAUCGAAUAAAUAUUAUAAACAUGGCUGAUUUAGAAAACUACAUUGCUGAUAAAUUAAUUUCAUUGAAUGCAACAUUGAAUACCAUCUUGAAAAUAAAUGAUGUCAAUGAUAAAAAAAAUUUUCAAUGUUGUUUGGAUAAAUUUAAAGUUGAAUUAGAGAAUGCAAAAAACAUUUCUGGCAGCAAGAGUAACAGAUGUGUUAUAACUGAAAAGUUGAAUCUGGCAAGUCUAGUAGAUUCAGAGGUUAAAAAGGCAAAGAAACAUUUUACUCCUUGUUUUUAUAACGAUCCUCGAACUAAAGAGAUAUUCGGGUGCAUGGAAUCGCAUCAGUCUUCUAGAAAUGCACCAAGUAUUUUAAAAACGACCUACAACGAGGCUGUAAAUAAAUUCACCGAGAGUCAACAAUUUUUACCGGAUAAAAUUUUCAAUUGUUCAUCUGAAUGGAGAAAUUAUUAUCAUCAACAAUUUAAUAAUUCAACUAAUCAAUUUGAUAUUUGUAUUCGAAAUCUAAGGCCACUUGAAACAUGUAUUGAACCAGUAACUCAAUAUUCUUAAUAAUCUAAUAACAAUUUUUAUUACAUAAUCUUUUUUCAUAAAUCAUAAAUUAAUUGGUCAAUUCAAUUUUUAAAAAUAUAAUAUAGAAGGACAAAA